UCCCCAGUCGGCUCGCAAUUCCAACCCAUUUGUUUGCUAGAUCCAGCCGAAAUGCUUUGGCCUGGGACCACCCUUAUAAGUCAAAAAGCUGGUAAAAGUUUUGAAGAGUACCGACGUGAAUAUUACCCAACUUCCAAGUGUCCUUCUCCUGCUACCCAAACACAUGUAUGUAUUUUGAAUCCUACUAAAGGAGAUCGAUGCGCUGAAGGACCAUUCAUGCGAUAUGAAAUGAAUGAAAGAUUUUACCUUACUUCAAUUACUUCUCGUUGUUUCUCUACUGGAACGCCAGAUCUAUUCACCGAUGUUAGUUUAUUCAAUGAAAAGAUGCGAGAACUGGCUCCAAAAGGUUGUUGGAGAGACAAAUGGGACUGGAGCGGUACUAUGUUUGAUCGAAAUCAAUUCUGAAUCGAAAUUAUGAGUAACAUAAGUUACUAAAUCUGAUAAAAAAUUGUUUCUCUUUGAAUAAAUAAUUGCAUCUCUCCAUCUUCA